CGUUUCGAAGAGAUAUAUGGAAAAACACCAACCCAAGAUCUUUUCCACCACCAGUUGGGCGCAUGCACAAACACUAGAAAGUACUUCAAUUCUGGUGACUUUGCGCUCUCGCUGGCCCAUAAGUCUUCUAAUAUAGGCAGAAUCGGGGCUGGGACUCAGCAUCCGCGUCGGGAACGGAUAUAUCGCUCAUUUUCUCCCGUGCCAAACACCAGCAAUGUUGACGGGAGCGCUAACAAGCCAUGGCAAGAUGGGAAGAAUCGCGAGGUAAAGAAUGAGAGCCUUCUCCACGGGGUGGUGUGCCCCGAGAAUAUCUAG